AUGUCUUCGGCGACCGAAGAAGAGGCUGAACUGCGGCGGAGAAAGAUUGAAGAAGCCCUCGAAGCCAAAUCCCUAAGGCGUAUCAUCAGCGCCUACCUCAACUAUCUGGAGGCUGCCGAGGAGGAUGUAAAAAGAUUUGAAAGAUCUUUUAGAAGAAUUCCAGUGGCCCACAAGGUAAUCUCAUCCUCUUCUCAGCUGAUAGAUUCUUUUACUUGA